AUGGGACAAGAUUUGGCCAAUCUAUUAAUUAAAUUUCGAGACGUUUUAGUUCCGGAAGGUACUGUACAAGAAGCCCUAGUUAAAGCGUUACAUAAUACCAAAGUAACAGACACAUCUAAGCCUGUCAAUAACCCCGUCGUCGGUCUGUUCGCACAGAAACAUGGAUAUGGAACGUCUGCAGAUGAGAUACCUUUACAUAAUAAAAAUCUAGAAAAAGCGUCUCAUCAUACCGUUAAGAAAGAUUCUGCGUUAUUUGAUGAUAUGGUACGCAACGGCGAAGAGAAAGUUCACGUGUACGGCAAACACUCGGAAAAUGUCAAACGGCAUAUAAAUAACAUUAAUGUGUGAUGUCCAAUAUGUCCAUUAAAACUUUAAAAAGUUACAUUUUCAAUUAUCCUUACAAUAAAAAAAAUGAUUAUUUAAUAUUGUUAUGUUAUUUAUUUAUUAAUGUACAACAUAUUUUAAUACAAAAAGGUUGGAACAUAAAAAUUUAAGAAUAUUCAUUUGUGUGUAAGGGUCACGCCUUACGCCGCUUCUGACAUUGGCCAUGGAUAGAAUUCUUCGAGUUCGUAUACCCAAAAUCACUAUUGUUCAACUAGUUUUGUAAACCAGGUUGCACGUCAGGUGACCAUAAUACGUCAAAUUUCUACAGUUGAUUUUAAACUCUACCCUCAUAACUAAAAAGUUUGAAAUAAAAUGAGAAAAUUGACAGAUUUGUAUAACUUGUACAAAGUAAUAACCUCCAAUUUUCUCCAUAGACAAAGUUGCCCCUAAAUAAUCAAUAAUUUCUAGUUCUUGCAGUUAUUAUACAAUUUGCAAUAUGUAAUACGGUAUUAACAAUAAAACUAGUUUUGUUUUAUUAAUAAUUUUAUUUUUACAAACGAAUAAUAUCCGUGUGCCGAUACAAUGUGAUUUGCCGUUACGAUUAUGCGAAAGUUUAACUCUAUUUUAGUACACAAUAAAAGCAUGUCACAUCUCUCAUUGAAAACGAAAAUUGCAAAGUAAUAUUUAUACAGCUUGAAGAAAAACAUUCUUUUUCACGUUUUUACGCUUAAUUAAUCAUAUUCCGUUAUUCAUUAUAUUCUUAUUCCAGCAUAAAUUAUAUCAUUUGCGUUUUAUUCGAGAUAUAAAUGAUCAAUUUAGGGUUCCAAAUUGCAACUGGAAAAUAUUUAUAGCAAACUUAACAUAAAUUUGAGUAAAAAUAUAAGCGUGCUUUUAUAAUUUUGCUAAAGUUCACAAAUGUUUUAAAAUAAUUUAAUUGAAAUGUGUUCAAACAAACGUUUUCAUUUUGGCAAUAUUUAUAUUUACUUUAGAGAUGUAACAUGCUGUACUGUAUUUACCAGAAAGUAAGCCUAUUAAGGCGUUUAUCUUAUUUAAUAAUAUAAAUAUUCAUUCUCAUACCAUAAACAAUGAGAUCUUCCAUAAAAUAGUACCCAUACAACUUUAUUCUAGAAGCACGUACACACUUCACGACUAAAACGUACGUGUGUAACUCAUAAAGACAUUAGGAAGCCACUUACCACUACUAAAACAAUGCCUGUAUAAAAAAAAGGAUAAAACAAUACAAAUAAAAAAAUACUUGGAAUUAAAAUAUAAAAUUUAUUAUUAAUAACGAAACAUAUAAUAUUUACAAUAACAAAAAGUAAACGUUAAAUACAUUAACUCUAAAUGAGAGUAAAUGCCCUGAACGAUUUGAUGGGGCAUAUCCCUUCGUUGUAACUGGCAGGGACAGUUACCAAUAUGUACAAAGCAGUCUUUACCACACGUGACGGCAGAACACACAUACAACAAAUUUGAACGACUAAAAAUAAAUUUAAAAAAGAUCCAAUACAUAUAUAUAUUCUUUUUUGUUAAAUGUUAAGUCAAAAAAUUUGCAAUUAAAUAGUUUCUUAGUGUAAAAUAUGUAACGCCAAACCAGC